UCAUAAGCCGUCCUGCAUAUAAAAAGGGAAUAAGAGUAACGACAUCGAAAGAAUCUUGUUUCUUCAACAAGCGACUAAACAGCAAAAUGAAGAGCGUCGUUUGUAUCUUGGCACUGCUGUGCACUGCUUUUGCAUUGGAGCAAGAUGUGACAGACCCCUCGCGCACUCUCGAGCGAUUGGUGAAUCUACAAAAAACAGCCACCGAAGCUAUACAUAACGGUCUAGUGUUUUUCGAGGAGCGAACGACGCAGAACCUGAAGACGAAACUUAACGAAUUGAAAACCGAAGCUUUGGUGGAUAUUCACAAUACUAUCAACGAGGCACUCGAAAAUGUCAAUUUGUCUAUCGACAAGGGAAAACAAGAAGGUAAAAAUGUGAACGAGUGUUACUCUUAUGCAAGGAAUAAUCUCGAGACGAAAAACACAAAUGCGAUUGCUACAUUGGAUACGUGCAUCCAAAACGGCCACACGGCCAUGGAAGGCCCAUUAGCAAACGUAGCCAACAGUAUUGAGGCGGCGAAAAAAUUGCUGAAUGAUUUGGACGCUAUCAUACCCAACUGUUACUCUACGAGCUUCCUUAAAAUGCAAGCCUGCGUCGUGAAGAAUCUUUUCCUGACCAGAUCAACGCUGAAACGUGUCGGUGCUAAUGCCAGGGAGGUGACCAGUACCGCGGGAAUCAUAUUUGCGAAAACGAUUAUAGACGCGAGGAGUUGCACAACGACGAACGCCGCGGACACCCGUUCUUUCAGCACGGAUAUCGUUAUCUAUACCGAUAAUUGCGUGAGAAACGCACCCGAGGGUACUCCCGAACCGUCUAGUACUGCGAAAACAUCCUCUACUGCUACACCAUCAUCAUCUAGUGCCAAGCCACCGUCGUCUACUGGCAAAGCAUGAGCUACUAAAACCGCCAACUACUCUCAAGCCCAUUGUCUAACUUUUCUACCUAAAAAACUUCAAAUUUCACAAAAAAAAUAACUCGAUACGAGACUCUACUUAAAUUUUAAAAGAUCGCGCCCGUUUUCAUUUCUCAGACGAAACCGUCAUGCAUGUGUCACGUUAAAUGAAAUCAGCAUUAUUAGAUUCAUUUUUAUGAAGUGCUAUGUAUUACAUAUACGAAUAAUUGUAUAUGUAUAUUGCGAGUGUAUUUAAAAAUAAAUAUUUUAUAUUAAACAAA